AUGGCGGUUUGCUUGAUGCCUUCUGGGAUGUUUCCACAACUGUUGGAUAGCGUCAUAGACCGAUCAUCUUCUUUUGAGAAAGCUUUCCCACUGAAAAAGCGGAAACGUCAGUUGGCAGAGAAUAAUGGUCCAAUCGAUUCCAAGCGUGUGAAAUCGGUUCUUCGUUACUUUCCUUUGCUAUUCUCAGAUCGUACAGUAUCAUUCCGAACUCUUCCUACGACUAUAUCUGAUUUGUUUGAGUUUUUGAAAAUCACUAACUCUGUAGAAAAGAAGAGAUAUCCACUGGCUAUCAAAAAUGCGACCUGUCAUUUGUUGGGUAAGGAAGAAUGUUCCAAAAUGAGGAUUUCGCCGCUCAACAUGUCGAAUUAUAAACCUGAAGAGCUCAACGUAAAUCCCAGAAGACGAACUUCAAGCAUCCGAGAAAAAGAAGAAAUUAGCAAAGGAGGAAAGCAGUUGUCGAGGCCCUCUAGACGAGAAUUCCAAAUAGCUGAACGUAUGAUUACGGAUUACGUGAAACCAUCGCCAUCCAAAAAUUGCCAACUUACCACUGCUGUUUCAAAAGCUUUAACGCGGUGGAAAACUAUCCCCAUAGAGAAUAAUAUCUUGAAACGCAGAAAACUUGGCUAG